AUGAGAGAGAGAGUGCUGAGAGGAUCUUCGAGUGGAGAGGAGACCAAACGUUUUUUGUUUUGCAGGUCUGAUGCAGCAGGAAUCGGCAGCAGCAAUGAAUCGAAGGAAAGUUGUACACAGAAAGAGGUUUUUGGUCCGAAAGUCAUCUCUGUUUCCAAGUCUAACAGGAGUAUACACGAGAAUUUUUAUCGACUUCAGGCUCAGGACUCUCUGAAAACUUGGUUCAUCUUUGUGGACGAACAACAAAUUUCUUGGCUUCAAGGCCUUCUCCAAUCGGCUGCUAUGAGGAAUUGGUAUUUCCCUCGUAAGUCCCUAUUGAAGAGUAGAGGCCGAAUCAUUCAUGUCGGUAUAUCAUCCAACCGUGGUUCUCAGUAUCUUCAAAUUUCAGAACAAAGAAGAAGCGGAAAAGUCUAUAAAAUUUUAAUACCUUCUGAUGGUGGAUGGGCCAAACUCAUUAACCUUCUUCAACGUUUUUACGCUUCCGAACUUCAGAAUCGCCUCAAAUCCUCUUACAAUAUCAGCCUACACAAUCUGCCUCCACCUCCCUGUCAAUCCGCUCCGUCGUUUUCGAGAAGAUCUUAUGCUGAUGUGGUCAAAGGUUCUGGUUUCUAUGCAGCAGGAAAGUGUAAAAUCGUCGGACAGGGCAAAGAUAAACAUAUUGAGGUUGAUUCUGAUGGAGUGCAAGAAAGGCGGGAUUUAUUGGGUAGAAGUCUCUUCAUCAACUUCCAGAGCCUCAAAGCUUCAGAGUUUUUCACAGCUGAUUAUAUUCAUAGCUUUAGAGAAUGGGCUCACAGGAGAUGGUCAAUUGAUGAUAAUUACAGCAUGGAAAACAGGGGGAACGGGAGCUGGAUUCUCAUCUGCCCAAGCAUCGAUCAAGCGCUUCGCAUUAAGAGGUUAGGCCAACUCAAGUUCAAAGAUUUCUUAGUCACUGUCUCUGAAUGGAAAGAUCAUGAGGAGAAGUACAGCAAUUCGGAUAAGUGGAUUCUCGUUUACGGCAUUCCUUUGCAUCUCAAAAGCAUCAAUCUCCUGAAAUCUAUAGGUAACUUCUGUGGGUCUUUCAUCGAAAUCGAUUGGUCAUCUUGGAGCUUGGAAUUCGUUCGGAUCAGGAUAAUGUGCAAAAGGGAUAUUCCUCUUUCAAUUCCUGUCCGAUAUGCAUCUGAUCAAUUCAUGAUCAACAUCAUACCUCCGCCGGCAACCUAUGAUGCUGCCGACAAAGCAAAUGGUUUUUCUCAGGCGGUUCAGAAGUCGAAGAGCCGAUCUCCUGUUCUGCCACAUCGUUUCUCGGAUAGCAUUUCACGCCAAUCCAAUCCGGACCUUCCAUUGGUCAACGCCUCCCAAUCUGAUUCCGAGGAAAACAAGGGUGAAGGCGUAUGGUCACGCAGGUCUGUCAGAAGAGUGUGGGUCCGGAAAGAAGGCCCUAUUUGGAUCAAACCCUCAGCCACCUCACCCGCAAACCCUCCUGAUGUCUUCUCAUCCUUUGACUUAACCCCCUCAUCUCAAGCCCAAUCCCCCCUGACCCAAGUGCCUCAAGCCCAACUUCCUCUGACCCAAUUCCACUUGACCCAAUCCUCUCCCAUCCAAAUCCAGACCCUUCUAGACCCGGCCCAGCCUUCCGCAGCAUUUCUUUUCUUCUUAGAAGCCUUGUCUUUUCCCAAUCCUCUUCAAUCUCUUCUCCCUUUUCCUUUUAUGUUUACUGUAACCCAAUCCACUUUUUCCUCAUUUAUUCUGAUCCUCACUCUCUCCAACCAAGACCUCUUCAUAAGCAACCCACGACCUCCAUUAGAACUUCCCCUCCGUCUUUUCCCCCGAACCAUUUCUCCUCCCCCUAUUCUCCUUGAUUCCCCUUCAUUUCCAGCCUCCCCUGAACCUUCAUCCCUGACCUCGCAUACUUCCUCUGAUACCGACCUCUUCCUCGCAUCUCAAAUCCCUGAAUCGGCUGAUCUCCAAGCUCCAUCUAUCUACACGGAUUUUGAAGAGCUCCCCUCACCUUCAUGCUCUCAAGCAACUGAGGAUGUCAAUUGGAACUUUGAAGCUUAUCCUUUCGAUCUCUUAUCCCUGGUCGAGUCAAGUGUGAAUCUGGGUCAUAUCUUCUCGCUGGGUCAUGACGAAGGAAUGGAUUCUGUUGAAAAGGUGAUAACGGAAAAUGCUAAAGAAGUACACAGCAAGAAAGUCAGAACUCCACGGUCUAGACUUGAAAUGGAAAUUCACAGACUUGGACCUCAAUCAUCUCCUCCUAAAGGUCCAAGGAAGAGUGCUAGCAGGUUAGCUGGAGUAUAUCAUCAGUAA